CCUAGAAGCUCGCUCCACCAAGGAAAACGGUGCGCGAACGCCCCGCUCCACGCUCCUCUGUCCUCCCCGUCCCUGCGCGCGACGCGCCGGCGGCGAUGGCGUACCGCAGGAAGCAGGGCAUCCAGCGGUCGGCCACCUUCGUGGAGGACCACCGCCAGGCGUCGUCGGGCGGCUCCGCGUCGCCGGCCAUCGCGUCCCCGCGCGCCACCCGCUUCGCCGACGACAACCGCUGGCCCGAGCGCUCCUCCGGCCUGGCCGCGCGGGUCAUGGUGGCCCCGUCCGCCGCGCGCGGGGACCUGACGCUGCCGGCAUUCGGCGACCGCUUCGCCGCCGCCGCCGCGGCGUCCCACGGCGACAGCCAGCCGAGCAGCCCGAUACAGGAUCCUGUCACCCAGCUCUACACAUCGACAAGCAUGUUGAACGACGACGGGCCCAAGUACGACCUCGAUCUGUCCAAGAAAGACGAAGCGCGGCACGGGCUCUGGUCGCUCGUGGCUCAGAAAGCCAAAGUCAUGCUCGACGAGAACGGCACGCCACGCGCUCAUUCCUCUGAAUCCCGCUGGUCCUACGACCGGGUCCGGAGCUCGGAGAUCAGCCCCACGUCGCGGAAAGGAGCGCCGGAAGGGAAACUCGACAUCGGAGGGAAGAUCAAGAACGUCCUUGAACAGGAGGGCCUGACGGUGGCCGACAACGCGACGCCCGGCAGCGGCGGCGCCGUCGUCGCCGGCCGGAAGCUGCAGAUCAGGAGGAAGGCGUGCAGCAUGGACUUCCGGCGCGCCAACCUGGUGACCAGCUCCGACUCAUCGUCGGCGCUGUCCGAAAUGGACUCGCCUCAGAUCAAGGCCUCUCGCGACGUAGCGAACGCCAUGGCCGCCAAGGUGAAGCUGCUGCAGCGGGAGCUCAAGACGCUCAAGGCCGACCUGGCCUUCUCCAAGGAGCGGUGCGCGCAGCUGGAGGAGGAGAACCGGCAGCUCCGGGACGGCAACCACGACGCCGACGAGGACAUGAUACGGCAGCAGCUGGAGACGCUGCUCGCGGAGAAGGCGCGGCUGGCGAACGAGAACACGCUGUACGCCCGCGAGAACCGGUUCCUGCGGGAGAUCGUCGAGUACCACCAGCUCAACAUGCAGGACGUCGUCAACCUCGACGAGGACGACAUCGAGGAGGAAGACGAGGACGACGUCGACGAGGAGGCCGACGCCGGCGACGAGGAGGAGGAGGAGAAGGAGGCCGAGCAGUACCAAAGUCGCGGCUCGUCCUUGCCGACCCAACUCGUGCAGGAGGAGGAAGAGGAGCACCAGGCGGCCGGCCCGGGCGCCGCCCCGGCCCUGGAGUCACCCUCUCGUCGCAGGGAGUCACCGCGGAUCCCGGGCACGAACGGCGGCGACACCACGGACAGGGAAUCGCCGCGGAGGAUGAACACGAACAGCGGCGACGCGGUUGAUUACGACUCCCCUCGGAGAGACGGUUGACGAAAGGCGGCUCGUAGUGCAUGCCUGUAGAGGACACGUGUUGUCUCUGAUUUGUUAUUGUGAUUUUGCUGAAUGUAAUUCAUAAUUCACCUGAUCAGGGUGAAAAUAAUGAACUCUUGUUGAG